AGCUCUUCCGGGUCACUGCUGUCUUCACGGGCUCCAGACUCCGCCCAUGGCCCGUCCUUCAAGCCUUGACUCCGCCCACGCAUCGACGUAGAAUUUCCGAGCCGGGCUCCGUGAAGUGCUACCCACCCGCGACGCCGACGCGAGGCUGCUGCUAUGGGGCCGGGCGGCCGUGUGGCGCGGCUGCUUGCGCCACUAAUGUGGCGCAGGGCGGUUUCCUCGGUGGCGGGGCCCGCGGUUGGAGCCGAGCCCGGGCUUCGGCUGCUGGCCGUGCAGCGGCUUCCCGUAGGAGCAGCGUUCUGCCGGGCUUGCCAGACCGCAAGCUUUGUCCGCGGCCUGCACAGCGAGCCUGGGCUGGAGGAGCGGGCGGAGGGGACGGACAACGAGGGACGCCCAGAAUCGGACGCGGCAGAUCAUACUGGUCCCAAGUUUGACAUCGACAUGAUGGUUUCACUUCUGAGGCAAGAAAAUGCAAGAGACAUUUGUGUGAUCCAGGUUCCUCCAGAAAUGAGAUAUACAGAUUACUUUGUGAUUGGUAGUGGAACUUCUACCCGACACUUACAUGCCAUGGCCUUCUACCUUGUGAAAAUGUACAAACACCUGAAAUGUAAACGUGACCCUCAUGUUAAGAUAGAAGGGAAGGACACUGAUGACUGGCUGUGCGUGGAUUUUGGCAGCAUGGUGAUUCAUUUGAUGCUUCCAGAAACCAGAGAAAUCUAUGAAUUAGAGAAAUUAUGGACCCUACGUUCUUAUGAUGACCAGUUAGCUCAGAUAGCACCUGAGACAGUACCUGAAGACUUCAUUCUUGGAAUAGAAGAAGAUGAUACUUCAUCUGUGACUCCAGUGGAGUUAAAAUGUGAAUAAAAUAUUUUAUGCACUGCGUUAGUCAUUUCAGAUUUGGAUUGAGUCACUUAUUGGAAAAUACAGCUCCUAAAGCCCGUCUCCUUGGUUAGGCUGCUCUUAGGACAAGGCUUGUGUACCUCAUGGGCACUCCUGCUAACUGGCAUGCAGAGACUGUAGAUAAGUGAGCUAAUACCUGCAACCAAAAAUCAGUACACUCUACCCAAAACUUAUGACACACUGCCUUUAUCCUGGAAAUGUCAUCAGAAUUUCCUGGAGUUAGCACUGGCUCCUGUGCUUGAGUUCUCUGCUCAGAUUUUUAUUAAUUUAGCUUAAAUGUAAAUCUUAACCCUGCUUAAUGGAAUGGCAAAAAUUUUAAAAAAUAA